GUCCAUGCUGCUUACUAUAAACCCGCUCAUGAAACAAAACAGGGAGUAGUAAGCUAACAUCGCUGUAACGCGUUACAGUAUCCGUUACAAGAUAGCCCUGCCUCUACUAUCUCUACGUCUGCCGCUUUGUCUACGCAUCCAUGUGGGUUUUUCCCUUCGCAGUGUUGGUGUUGCGCCUCUCCGGUCUGUCAUCCUCUCAGCCAUUGGCCUCAGAGACCAUCCGUCCUCCCUUCUCAACAAUAGACCCCCCACGCGCACACACGCACAUCCACUCACGCGCCGACACAAACGCGCACAGUGCUUUCGAGGAGCGACGGGGAAAUGUUGGUUAAACUGCGGUUUACCGACUCCUUUCUUUUCCGCUUUACAUCGGCGAGGAGCGCUGGGAAGCCUCUGCGAUGUCUUCAACCGGGAACGCAACGGAGUUGAAAUAAGGGAAACACGAGGGUGUCGGGUAAAAAAUAGAGGGGGGAGAUUUUCUAAGGAGAAUGACUGACUGGUGACAAAGAAAACGGGGAGCCCCUCUGGCUUCGGUUAUCACCCGCUAGAACUUGACGGAAGGCGUUUUGGGGGACCGGCUUGCUCUUACUUGGACAGCCAAAGAUUUUUUAUCAUCAUUAUAUUUGAAGGGGAACCAUGCCUGUCCGGAGGGGUCAUGUUGCGCCUCAAAACACAUUUUUGGGAGUAAUUAUUCGGAAAUUCGAAGGACAAAAUAAGAAAUUCAUCAUAGCCAAUGCCCGGGUGCAGAACUGCGCUAUUAUCUACUGUAAUGACGGCUUCUGCGAGAUGACAGGCUUCUCCAGGCCAGACGUCAUGCAGAAGCCGUGCACUUGUGACUUCCUGCACGGCCAGUUCACCAGCCGGCACGCGGUGGCCCAGGUGGCCCAAGCGCUGCUGGGCUCAGAGGAGCGCAAGGUGCAAAUCAACUACCACCGCAAGGAUGGUUCAAACUUCCUGUGCGCCACCCAUAUCAUCCCUGUGAAGAACGAGGAGGGUGUCGUCAUGAUGUUCAUCCUUAACUUUGAUUACAUCCUGGAUGAAGGCAGCAGUGACUCACUGGAGAAACUCAACCACACCUCGCCAUCCAAAGCUGACCAACGGAAAGGGAGAUUCUUUCGCUUCCGUUUCCCGGCCUUACCUCUCCUGGGCAUCAGCAAGCAGUCCCUACCACAGGAAGACCCUGAUGCCGUCAUGGUGGACUCCCCUCGCCACAGCGACGGUUCAGUGGCAACACACGACUACCAACUUCCCACCACUCGCGAGAGCUGCAGUCCCUCCUACGCCAACGACACCCGCGCCCUCAUCGGCCCCAGCCAUUGCUCCACCCCAGUGUCUGGGCCUUUGGACCACUCGUCACCCAAGGGCCCCUGGGACCGGACAUACCCGGACCAGGCCAUCGCCCAGACCCAACACCAGAGCCAGGAGGACACACUCAUUGCAACUCCGUCAAUUCCGGGCCUCACUCCAACCGCCUCCAGAGAGAGUGUGUGCAGUAUUCGCAGAGCCUCCUCCGUACAUGACAUGGAAGGCUUUGGGUCCAACUCCAAGAUGGCGUUCAGGGACAGACAUGCCAGUGAAGACAAUGGUCGCAAUAUUAAAGUAUCUCGCUCCUGGAUGGCUGGGGGGCCGCUCAGCCAGAUCAAAUCCAGCCUGCUCGGCUCCACCUCCGACUCCAACCUCAACAAGUACAGCACCAUCAACAAGAUUCCCCUCAUCACGCUCAACUUCUCUGAGGUGAACAAUGAGAAGAAGUGCCCCUCCCCUCCAUCCUCGGAGAAAACCAUCAUUGCCCCAAAGGUCAAAGACCGCACUCACAAUGUCACCGACAAGGUCACGCAGGUUCUUUCUCUGGGUGCAGAUGUGCUGCCUGAGUACAAGCUCCAAACGCCACGCAUGGACAAGUGGACCAUCCUUCACUACAGUCCCUUCAAAGCAGUGUGGGACUGGCUGAUCCUGCUGCUGGUCAUCUACACGGCUAUUUUUACGCCCUACUCUGCUGCCUUCCUCCUCAAUGACAUUGAGGAGCAGAGGAGGCGGGAGUGUGGCUAUUCCUGCUCACCCCUCAACGUAGUGGAUCUGAUAGUGGACAUUAUGUUCAUUGUGGACAUCCUUAUAAACUUCAGGACCACAUACGUCAACAUCAACGAGGAGGUGGUCAGCCACCCGGCCAAGAUUGCCAUCCACUACUUUAAAGGCUGGUUCCUCAUAGACAUGGUGGCCGCCAUCCCAUUUGACCUGCUCAUCUUUGGCUCAGGAUCAGAUGAGACCACCACUCUGAUUGGUCUGCUAAAGACGGCCCGUCUCUUACGGCUGGUACGAGUCGCCCGUAAGCUGGACCGGUACUCGGAGUAUGGCGCUGCUGUCCUCAUGCUGCUCAUGUGCAUCUUUGCCCUCAUCGCCCAUUGGUUGGCCUGCAUCUGGUACGCCAUUGGCAACGUGGAAAAGCCUUACCUGGAGCAUAAGAUUGGCUGGCUGGACAACCUGGGGGUGUCAAUAGGAAAAAAAUACAACUACAGUGACCCCAGCUCGGGCCCCUCCAUCAAAGAUAAGUAUGUGACGGCGCUCUACUUCACCUUCAGCAGUCUGACCAGUGUGGGCUUUGGGAAUGUCUCCCCCAACACCAAUUCUGAGAAGAUCUUUUCCAUUUGCGUCAUGCUUAUUGGAUCUCUAAUGUACGCCAGCAUCUUUGGGAAUGUGUCCGCCAUCAUCCAGAGGUUGUAUUCAGGUACAGCCAGGUAUCACCUCCAGAUGCUACGGGUCAAAGAAUUCAUCCGCUUCCACCAGAUCCCAAACCCACUGAGGCAGAGGCUGGAGGAGUACUUCCAACACGCCUGGACGUACACCAACGGCAUCGACAUGAAUAUGGUCCUGAAGGGUUUCCCAGAGUGCCUGCAGGCAGAUAUCUGCCUCCACCUCAACAAGGUCCUCCUGGAGGGCUGUAAGGCGUUUCGCGGAGCCACCAAGGGCUGCCUUCGGGCCCUGGCCAUGAGGUUCAAGACUACCCACGCGCCCCCUGGAGACACCCUAGUCCACAGCGGAGACGUGCUCACUGCGCUCUACUUUGUUUCCCGCGGCUCCAUCGAAAUCCUGAAAGAUGACAUUGUAGUGGCCAUCCUGGGCAAGAACGACAUUUUUGGCGAGAUGAUCCACCUGUAUGCCAAGCCGGGGAAAUCUUGUGCAGACGUGCGGGCACUGAGCUACUGCGACCUCCACACCAUUCAGAGGGAGGAGAUUCUGGAGGUGCUGGACAUGUAUCCAGAGUUCGCCGACCACUUCCUCACAAACCUGGAGCUGACUUUUGACCUCCGUGAUGAAAAGAUGACAUAUGCACAAGCAGCUGAUUCUAAUAUGGAUGACAUUGAGUGUCGAAGACGAGUGUCCUACAAAAGUAAAUCCUCCACAGGCUCCCACAACAAGGAGCCAGUGGCCACCUACUGCGACACCAAGCAAGGGAGGCAGAUCUACGCCUCCUCAGCAGCUGAGGAGAGGAGAGAGUCUGCUGAGGAGGUAGAGGACGAGGAGGAGGAGGAGGACGAGGAGGAGGAAGGCAGGGAGGAGGAAGAGGAGCAGAGGCCCUUGUGUUCUGGUGUGCUGGGCUACCCGGUGGUUAGGGAACACCCCCCGGGCCUCGGGCUGAGCAGCACUGCAGACGCACAGGCUGGAGACCACACGCAAAACCAGACAUAUAAAGAGAUCCAUGCAGGGGAGUGGAUGCGUCAGCGUCCUGGCGAGGGUGUGGAGCAGUCAGCCCAGUGUCAAGGGACGCCAGCCGGGGAGGACGACAGCGACACAGACCUCACCUAUGGAGAGGUGGAGCAACGGCUGGACCUGCUGCAGCAGCACCUCAACAGACUGGAGUCCCAGAUGACAGCAGACAUCCAGGCCAUCCUGCAGCUCCUCCAGAGGCAAACCACGGUCGGUCCCCCCGCCUACAGCACCGUCACCUCCAGCCCUGAGUACCAGAGGCCAGCCAUCAGGGUGCAGCCGGUGUCUGCCAUCCAGACAGAUCUCAGCCUCACCCCUGCUCCGCCUCGGCCACAGUGUCUCAGCCAAAUGGCUCAUGACGCCCACUGUCUCCCUCAGAGCCAUGGUCCAGAACAGGCCCAGAACAAAUCCAAAGAAACCUCCCCAGUCAUCCUCCACACAGAGACUCUUCCAGAUGGGAACUUUGCUGGACUGCUGGAAAGCGACACAGAGCAGAGGCACACACAAAACAGCGUGGACUCUCUAGAGCAACGCCACUACCAACAGCCACCGAGGUUCCCAUCAGGCCGACAAGCCUCUCUACCUGACGUCCCCAGCAGCUCAGGAAUGUUGGGACUCCACAGGCCAGUUUCUGACCCGGGGCUUCCAGGAAAGUAGGCCUCUCCGCACGCGUCGACUUUGACUGAAGGUCUUUUCUCAAGCUUGACUCAGGGUCUAAGAAAGAGACUGAAUAUGCAAAGGAAAACAAACUGUAGACUUUCUUCCAUUUCUAUUCAGAAAAUCCCCCAGCCCCCACCCAUCCAACUCUCUGAUUUAGAUGUAUAAAGUCCAUUUAUACAGAGGUAUUUAUACACUAUAUUAUUAACAUAUGUAAAGUGUUCAUCUACCAUGUACAUACUUCAAAUAGAACACUGCCAGCAACACGAGGCACCUAAUGUGCUUUUUCUAAAAGAGAUAUGCAUGUUUUUGGUUCUCAUGUUGUCUUUUAUUUUCUGUUGCAUGUUCCUCACACACACUGCAACUCACCAGGCAAUCAGGUGUGAUCUUGGCAUGCCUACAGACUACUGUAGCUAUCAAGUCUCAUUUUCUAUGACUGUUCCCUCUUCACAGGGACAAAGCUACUUGAAACUCUUUCCGUGGCAUUUCUAUAUUCCACUCCUCAGCUUUGAAGUUCAUCUUUUAUCAGCAGCUCCAAACGAUCGACGCAGUUACAAACUCACACGGAGAUCUGUCUGUAUAUUUAGCGUGCCUACUGUACACAACAUUGCCACAACAGAUGAAAAUCACUUCUUAUUCAGCUCAAAACACAGAACACAGUGUAAUAAUGUGUGUAGAGGCUGCGUGGACAUCCCAUAGCACAACAAGACUUUUGUCUUUGAGAGCAAUAAUGGUGAACCAGUACAGGAAAUGAACAGACUCUUGGUAUAGUUUAAUAUACUCUGGAGAUAAUUUUAUACAACCUGAACAAAGAAAAAGAGCAUCUUUCAACAGCAUUUAUGUUGUGAAUUAAUUUGCUAUGUUAAGAUCUGUGUGUGAAUUUAACAGCUCGACCUUCACGCAGAACGUUUCAGUGGUUAACUGUAAAUGUUAGACAACAAAAUGAAUGCUUAAAGUUGUGGAUUUUGUAGAUUUGAAAACAUAUAAUUACCAUAUAACCACCUGCAUCAUAUCGAUAUUACAUAAGCAUGGUUGUGGAGUAUUUGCAGUUGGAGCCAAACAUGUAAGGGACGUUUAUGUCCAGGCAGUAGGCAGUUUGGGGAUGUCUAGUUGUAGACAGAAUGACUGGAAAAUGUAAUGUCACAAAAAAAUAAGUUUGGUUUCUUUUAUAUAUUUUUUGUAUGUCUUCUGAAAAUGUACAAAAAUUAAUAGGUCAAAAAUAUACAUUCAGUCCAGCAAGUAUUUGGAUGCCCUUGUCACUUGAAUCGGCCACUUUUGGUAGUUAACCACAUGCUUCUGGCAGGAUUCUGGUUGCGUCCUUGACCACUCUUCUGGGCGGAGGUGGAACAGUUUAUCUAGCAUGGAAUUUGUUGUCCAGAUUGUAUUUUCAGUGGGGUUGAUAUCAGGACUGAACCUGAAUUGGCUACGACAUUUUUGAACUUUAAAUGUAAGUUGCUGCAUGAAUAUUUUUGGACGCAUCAGAUUUUCAGAUGACCUUAAACACUUUUCUUUUUGUGACACAGAAGUACAUUUCUCAAUCAUUCUGUCACAGAAAAAGAACUGUCGUAGAAAUGACUAAAAUCCCCAAACUGCUUCGACAUAAUGUCCCUCACAGGCGUAUGUAACCUUUUUACUGCAACUGUAAGACUGCCAGACAGGAAGCAACAUCCUGAAUCUUGUUCACAGCUGAAGGGAACUCUGGCUAUCCCAGGAGGUAGUUUUUGGUUGCAUGCUUUAGGUCUUCCAUUAUCUUCUUAAAAAGUACAAUCUCGUAAAUUAAAAAAAUCAUCACUAACAAAGCAUCAGAAAAAGAAAAAACAAACAAAAAAAAAGUUUCAUGUUUUGGAGCCGGGACACAGCUCAGCCUUCAAUAGCCUUAGCUUUCUAAGCCUGCUCUAGCCUUUACAAAUGACAUCGAUCCAAUGCAACAGAAACCCGCUUCUCCACCGUCACAGAUGUAAAUGUACUGAUCAUUUUAGAGCAAACUGCAUGACGAAAAUCAAUUAGCCAUUUUAGUUUUCUAACUACACGAAUUCCAACACGAUCUCAUGUAUUGCAUGGAGACUGCAGGAGACUGCACUUGACUAAAUUAUAAAGUCUCAAUCAACUGUGCGACAUGUAUUGAUACGCAAGGUACAGCACAUAGCACAUAACGGUUAGACCUAUUUUUCUAAAACAGUAUUUAAUUUGCCAUUAUUUUUUUAUGUACCUUAUUUGUUUUUAAGAAGCCCUGACGUUAGAAUGGUGUGGACUGCUGAAGGGAAGAUGAUGAAUGCAAUGCAUAGCCUCUCAAUGUAGCAGCAAGACUUCAGUGACAGGCAACACUUUAAGCUGUGUGCUGCAUUUAAUGUAUGCUGUUGAAAUAGUUUGUCUUGAUUUAAUAUUGCACAUUGAUUUUAAUAUCAUUCCGCUGAGUUCCUACAUUGACUUUUCCCUCUGAACUUAUUCAGCACAUUGAAACAGGCAAGUUGAAAGCCAACAAUUUGUCAUCUUAAGCCUGGGCUUCAUUUUGUCCCCUGACUCAUCCAGUGGAAACCUCUUCACUCCAAACCCCUGCUGAUUAUAUCAUAACAUGUAGAACUGAUAAAAGGGUUUGUAAGAUGUGAGAGAAAUGUUGAAGUCUUAUCAGAUGUCAUGAUGAAAAAGCUCAUUUGUUUCCUACACUUCCAGAAGAACUGAGAAGUCAGAGAUAACUGGGGAAAUAAAGUUGAAGGCAGGAUUGAGAUGGAUGAGAUUAGAGAAAACCUUUACAGGACAAUACAAACAUUUCCAGCUGAACGCGGGGUGUUUUCUUUCAUAAGCUUUCUUUCUCGAGCACAGAUGUAGAACAAAAGUUGCUAAAGCCGAACUCGACAUGUCCAACGCCUGAAGAGUCGUCCACUGAACUUUCAUGGGAUUUGCAAACUUUUGCACAGAUUAGAAAACUUGCUGUACUGGAUAUAAUUGUCACUUUUUAAAGUGCUGUUCACAAUUGUUUUUAUGCAUUUUUUAAAUGUUUGCCACUGUAUUUUAUACAAUGCAACACUUAACAGCUAAUUUGAAUGUUUCUGAUCUUAACUAUAUUUAAAGAAAUGAAAUAUAUUGUGUAAAUAGACUGGGGGGAAAAAUGCGCAAUUGUAUAAAUUAAUAAAGAGAAUGCAUACUGAUUAAAAA